CCACUGAUCUGUGCGUAUAAUUGGUUGAAAGAGAACGGUGCAGUUCAUGUGCAAGUGUGUGAUUCCUUUCAACGUUCCUAUCAGGUUCUGCCGGAGAGUACGCAUCCGGUUAUGCAACAGCUUGUGGCGGCCGGUUUCAUUUUGUCGGCCAUUAAAGUUCAACCUCCACAAUCUUUGUGA